CCCGUUUCCAUGGAAACGUAAACAAAACGAACCGUGAUUUGGGUCGGCUUCCCUACCUUAUACCUAAAGCUAACGGAGGUAAAUCUUCACCGUGCCGACGUCUUCAUGGAUCCCUCAAAAAGCCGCUCAGAGUAUGAUGAGAGUCGCAAAAAUCCAGUAAGUUUGGCCGAGCAAUGGAAAGACCUGUGUGUAAAAGAGAGGAGAAUAGCGUUGGAAUGGGAUGAGACCUGGGGCGUUGUCCUGGGAUGUGGCACACAGGAUGCCCCAAUGGAGGAGAAGUCUUUACCGAAAAACCUUUCGGUCUAUUCCGAGUUCGUCCCCAACACAGCCAAUCAAGUCUAUGGCAGCAGGCAAGUCAUGCCUCACGGGAAGGAGAUGAUCAAACAGCACGGGUUGCCACUCUUUCAUGGAAGCUACAGAGGAAAGAAAAAGACUGUGGAGAAGGAAACAUGAUACAUCCUCCAAAGCAUGGGACUGCAUUGGGAUUUUUAUAAAAUCAUAAAUAAGAUGUCAGUGA